GUUCGGAGGAAGUGAAACUAUUCUACAGUCACUGGCACCAGCUGAAAUGGAGCAGCAAGAAAAUCAACUGGACAGAGAAAGAUUCUGCUGUUCGAUCUGUCUGGAUCCACUGAAGGAUCCGGUGACUACUGGCUGUGGACACAGCUACUGUCUGAGCUGUAUUAACACCCACUGGGACAAAGAGGAGGAGAGAGGAAGCUACAGCUGCCCUCAGUGUGGACAGACCUUCACACCGAGGCCUGUCCUGGGGAAAAGCACCAUGUUAGCUGAUUCACUGGAGGAGCUGAAGAAGACUGGACUCCAAGCUGCUCCUGCUGAUCACUGCUAUGCUGGACCUGAAGAUGUGGCCUGUGAUGUCUGCACUGGGAGAAAACUGAAAGCUCACAAGUCCUGUUUGGUUUGUUUGGCCUCUUAUUGUGAAAAAUACCUCCAGCGUCAUCUUCAGUCACCUCCAUUGAAGAAGCACAAGCUGGUGGAGCCCUCGGAGAAGCUCCAGGAGAACAUCUGCUCUCGUCACGAUAAGGUGAUGAAGAUGUUCUGCCGCACUGAUCAGCAGUGUAUCUGUCAUCUCUGCUCUGUGGGUGAACAUAAAUACCACGACACAGUGUCAGCUGCAGCAGAAAGGACUGAGAGGCAGAGAGAGCUCGGGCUGAGGAGACAAACAAUCCAGCAGAGACUCCAGGACAGAGAGAAAGAUGUGAAGCUGCUUCCACAGGAGGAGGAGGCCGUCAAUGGCUCUGCUGAUAAAACAGUGGAGGACAGUGAGAAGAUCUUCACUGAGCUGAGCCGUCUGCUGGAGGAAAGAAGCUCUGAUGUGAAGCAGCAGAUCAGAUCCCAGCAGGAAACUGAAGUGAGUCGAGUCAGAGAGCUUCAGGAGAGACUGGAGCAGGAGAUCACUGAGCUGAAGAGGAAAGACCAUGAACUGAAGCAGCUCGCAGACACAGAGGGUCACAACCAGUUUCUACACAACUACCCCUCACUGUCACUCAGUGAAUCUACGCACUCAUCCAGCAUCAGGAUCCGUCCUCUGAGGUACUUUGAGGACGUGACAGCAGCUGUGUCACAGGUCAGAGGUCGACUACAGGACAUUCUGAGUGAGGCAGAGACAGAGAUUUUACAGAUUGUGUCUCAAGUGGAUGUUUUACUGCGACAACCAGAGCCAGAGACCAGACCUGACUUCUUAAAAUAUUCAAUGAAAAUCACACUGGAUCCAAACACAGCAAACAAACAUCUGUUAUUAUCUGAGGGAAACAGAAAAGUAACACGUAUGAGUAAAACACUGACUCAUUCUGAUCACCCAGACAGAUUCACUGUUAGGCGUCAGGUCCUGAGUAGAGAGAGUCUGACUGGACGUUGUUACUGGGAGGUGGAGGUGAAGGUUGGGGUGAUAGGACCAGUUAGUGUAGCAGUCGCAUACAAGAAUAUCAGAAGAGCAGGAUACUCACAUAAAUGUAGAUUUGGAUUCAAUGAUAAAUCUUGGAUAUUCAUUUGUUAUGGAAACAUAUAUGUCUUUUAUUACAACAGCAUCAAGACUCCAGUGUCAGGUCCUUGGUCCUCCAGAGUAGGAGUGUACCUGGAUCACAGUGCAGGUGUUCUGUCCUUCUACAGCGUCUCUGACACCAUGACUCUCCUCCACAGAGUCCAGACCACAUUCACUCAGCCUCUCUAUGCU